UGCAUAAUGGAAAAUAGUGAAGUAAAAAAAUUAAGCCACAAAGAAUGGAGAAAAAUAGCUAAAAAAGAACGUCGUAGAAACUUACGUAAAAAAUUAGCUAAAGAACGUGAUGAGGAUGAAAUUAAUUUACGUAAGACACUUGAAAGAAGUGAAAAUUAUUUAAAAUGGAUUGAAGAACAGGCUUAUAUUGAAAAAGAAAAUGACAAAAAACAAGAAGAAGAACUUGAAAAACAAAGAAAAUUAUGGCUAGAAAAUGAGAUAAAAUCACAAGAAGAAUUUAAACUUGUACAAGAAAAACGUAUGAAGGCACGUCAAGAACGUCAAAAACAAGAUGAAUUAAUGAAAAAAGAAUUUGAAUUAAAACAAGCAUCAAUAAAAUUAAAAAAUGAUGAAAUAAAACGUAAAAAUGAUGAAGAAUUAGAACGUCAAAAUAUAAUUAAAAAUGAAAUAACAGCAUAUAUUGAUGAUGGUGCUAAAACACCUGAAAUAUUAAAAGCAAUAACAGACAGUCAACCAAGUAAAGAACAAUGUCCAUUUUAUACAAAAACAGGUGCAUGUAGAUAUGGUGAUACAUGCUCAAGAAAUCAUCGUAAAUAUGCACUAAGUAAUAUCAUAAUGAUACCUGGUUUUUAUAAUCAUUUUUCACUUGAAAAAAAUUCAAAUGAAUAUGAUACUGAUGUGUCAUUAGAAUAUUCAAUAAAUGAAACACAAAAUGAUUAUAAUGAUUUUUUAACCGAUAUAUUACCUGAAUUUGAAUUAUAUGGUAAAAUAAAAACUUUAAAAUGUUGUUUUAAUUCUGGUAAUCAUUUACGUGGUAAUGUUUAUAUUGAAUAUUAUUCAAAAAGAGAUGCUGCUAGAGCAUGGAGAAAUUUAAAUGGUAGAUAUUAUGCUGGACGACAAUUAAAUUGUCAAUUUAUAUUUUUUAAUUCAUGGAAUAAUGCUGUUUGUGGUAUAACAAAAUGUCCAAAAGGUAGAACAUGUAAUUUUCUUCAUACGUUUAAAAAUUAUAAUAAGCAUUAUGACAUUAAAAGUCCACCUAGAUGGCUAAAUAAAAAAGAAGAUACUGUUGAUUGUUCGAGUAAUGAAAAGAGAAGUAAACCAUCAUGGGAUGAUUCAAUAAGAAGUCAUAAAAGUGAUAGAGACAAUUGGAGAUGGUCAGAAUCACCUGAUAAUCAUCGUAGUUCAUCUAGAAGUUCUCAUAAAUCAAGUUCUCAAAGAUCACAUAGGUCUAGAUCAUCAAGAAAACAUUCAAGGAGCUCAUCGAGAUCAGAAAAUCGUGAUGAUUCAUCAUCUGAUGAUGAAAGAAUAUCAAAAUAUUCAAAAAAACACAAACACAGGGAUAAAGAAAAUGAAAAUAAUCGUAGCUCUUCUAGAAGUUCAUCAACAAGUAGACAUCAUAAAAAAUUAAAAACAACAAAUAGAAAAAAAAGUAAAAGAAAAAAAGCUAAAAAAUCAAAAUGGGAUGAAAGAGAUAAAAUUACAACGUCAUCAUCAAGUGAUGAAUAUAAUAAUGAUAAAAAUUGGGAUACAACUGAUUCUGAAUGA